CGACGCUCCCCACUGUGCCCUCAGCCCCGGAAACGGAACUGCUUGCGCGUGAAGGGCGGGACCAGUGCCGCCCACUAUUGGCCUUCAGCGGUUGUGGCGUUCUCCUGCCGCGCGCUGAUUGGCCGCGGAACGUCAACUCUCGGUAUUUGAAUCUGGGGCGGGCUCAGCGGACGACAGUCACGAACUGCGAAAGCAGAGCUUUUUGGAGUCCCUUCGCCUCGGUUUCUCAGCUCGGACUCCCAGCGUAGAGCAAGGGCGGCGCUCCUCUCCUGCGGUUGGCGGCGGCGCGGGCCAAGGGCCCGUCAGCAGUAGGCAGAAUGAGCCUGCAUAUCUUAAAUGACGAAAAUGUCCCCAGAGAAAAGAGUUCAGAGAGCUCUAACUUCCUGUUUUCACAACCGGAACUUACCGGAAGAUCCUCUGUUCUUCUUCCGUCACAGAAAGAAAAUGUACCACCCAAGCACCAGGCCAAAGCUGCAAAGGUGACUUUUCAGACACCUCUUCGGGAUCCACAGACACACCGGAUCUUAAGUCCUAAUAUGACCUGCAAACUCGAGACCCCUUUUGCUCUGGAUGACGAUAUUGGAUUAGAAAACAAUCGAUACAUCUGCUUACAGAAGGAGAAUCAGCUGCCGUUAGCCCCAGUGGAUGAUACACCUGUGGUCCAGAUGGCAGCCGAGAUCCUAAGAGCAGAAGGUGAGAUCCAGGAGGUAAUCUUGAAUUCCUCAAGCACUUCAGCUUCUACGAGCUCUCAGGACAAUAUCCUGUUGACACCUCUUAUUGGGCCAGUGCUGGAGCCUUCUCAUCAGGGACCAGAACCUGUCAUGGAUGGCAGCAUGGAUGAUAACCUCUCUGCCCCCCCUAUUGGGCCAGUGCUGGAGCCUUCUCAUCAGGGACCAGAGCCUAUCGUGGAUGGCAGCAUGGAUGAUAACCUCUCUGCCCCCCCUAUUGGGCCAGUGCUGGAGCCUUCUCAUCAGGAACCAGAACCUGUCAUGGAUGGCAGCGUGGAUAAUGACCUCGCUGUCCUCCCUAUUGGGCCAGUGCUGGAGCCUUCUCAUCAGGGACCAGAGCCUAUCAUGGAUGGUGACCUCGCCACCCCUCCUGUUGAGCCAAUUGUGGAGCCUUCUCAUCAGGGACCAGAGCCUAUCAUGGAUGGUGACCUCGCCACCCCUCCUGUUGAGUCAGUGCUAGAGCCUUCUCAUCAGGGACCAGAACCUAUCAUGAAUGGUGAUAAUGCGCCUUAUAUUGAGCCAGUGCUGGAACCUUCUCAUCAAGGACCAGAACCUAUUGUGGAUGGUGACCUUGCCCCUCCUAUUGGGCCAGUGCUAGAGCCUUCUCAUCAGAAACCAGAGCCUAUCUUAGACCCAGAGGAAGAGAACUUCAGAGACCCAGCAGAAGUUCUAGGUACUGGUGCUGAAGUGGAUUAUCUAGAGCAGUUUGGAACUUCCUCGUUUAAGGAGUCAGCAUGGAGGAAGCAGUCUUUGUACUUGAAAUUUGAUCCACUCCUGAAAGAGAGCCCUCUGCGGCCAAUGCCAGUGGUCCCGGUGACAAAUAGUGUACAGGACGUGGAUGAGGCUGGCUCGGGAAAUCCAAUGGAAGCCAAGCUUGUGGACUUAGAUUUCUUGGGAGCUCUGGAUGUUCCUGUGCCAGGCCCACCCUUGUGUGUCCUUGAGCCAAGAGGUCUCCUUCCUGCUGAGCCUAUUGUGGAUGUGUUGCAGUACAGCCAGAAAGACCUGGACGCAUUGGUGAAUGCCACGCAACAGGAGAACUUGGAGCUGAGAAGCAAGUAUGAGGACAUCAAUGCGAAGUACUUGGAGAUGGGGAAGAUCGUGGAUGGGUUUGAGAAGAUCGUGUACAAAUCAAUGGAGGAGGCUGAGAGACAGAAGGAACUCGCAGAAGACAAAAUCAAAAAGGUUCUAAAAGAGAAAGACCAACUUACUGCAGACCUGAACUCCAUUGAAAAGUCCUUCUCUGACCUUUUCAAGAGGUUUGAGAAGCAGAAAGAAGUGAUUGAAGGCUACCGCAAGAAUGAAGAUUCACUGAAGAAAUGUGUUGAGGAGUAUAUAGUGAAGAUUGAAAAGGAAGGCCAGAGGUACCAGGCACUGAAGGCCCAUGCAGAAGAAAAGCUCAAGCUAGCAAAUGAGGAGAUCGCCCAAGUACGUAGCAAGGCUCAAGCAGAGGCACUAGCUUUCCAGGCAAGCUUGAGGAAGGCACAGAUGCAGAUCCACUCACUGGAGAAGACUGUGGAACAGAAGACUAAAGAAAAUGAUGAGCUGACCCGGAUCUGUGAUGACCUCAUCUCUAAGAUGGAGAAGAUCUGACUGCAGCCAGCCGUCACCAUCCCUCUGUCUACCCAUUUCUAUGUCUGUCUGAUUUGUCUCUUUUGUGUGGUCUUUAAUCUCUGUUCAUUUCUAAGUUACAUUACUUUGAUGACUAAAGUUAAUUAAUUUCAAAGCAACCCAGGUCCUGUUGUUUAUAAAGCUCACUUACCUGUUUUUCUAGAUA